AUGGCUCAAGCAGCUGGCUCAAAUACAAAUGAUCAAUUAUUGAAACUUGAUCGUGUUGGAGUUAAAAUUGAUAGUAGAACAAAAUCACAACGUUUCUCAUGUCAAAAUCCUGAGACACUCGCUGCUGGAUUACGUCACCUUGACGAACAUGGAUACACAAUUAUAUCAGACGUAUUAAGCGAAAGUGAAAUCGACAAUGCGAAGAAUCUCAUAUGGCAACAUUUAGAAGGACUUAAGUCACCGUAUAAGAUAAAGCGUGGACAAAUUCAUACAUGGAAUAUAUGGCCAGGUAGACAUGAAGCUGGAAUAAUUGAAGAUUUUGGAAUUGGUAACUCUCAAGCUCAAUGGUUCAUUCGUUCUAUACCUGCAAUAAAAGAUGUUUUUGCUGAAAUCUGGCAUACUCGAGAUUUAUUGUCUUCUAUGGAUGGUAUUGGUAUCUUUAGACCUUGGCAGUUGAAUCCACAAAUUCAACAAAGAGACAUAACAAAUAACGCAAAUCCAUGGAAAACCACUGGAGCUAAUUGGCAUGUCGAUCAAAGCCCAGUUCAAAAACCAAAUCGAGUUUGUGUUCAAGGUAUUAUUAAUCUAUUACCUGCUGAUGAAACAACCGGUGGACUAAUGGUAAUACCUGGUUCACACAAUCGAUUUCAUGAAUUACUUUCCAUUUGGACCAAAUCAAAAAAUAACUCGAAGAUUCCUGUAUAUCACGAAAUAUUACAAGAAGGAUACGGUUUAUUAAUUCAUGCUCAACCAGGUGAUCUAUUGUUAUGGGAUUCUCGUACUGUUCAUUGUAACACUCCGGCAUUUACCACACCACCUCCACUAAAUAAUGGCGAAAUACCUCGUUUGUUACGAAUGGUUAGUUAUAUUUGUAUGACACCAUUGACGUUCGCUGAAAAUCCACAGGAAUUAAUUGAUCGUCGACUGAAUGCAUUUCUUUAUCGAUUAACAACGUCACAUUGGCCGCACGAGUUUCAAACAAUGGGUGGGGAGAUUUCAAGAGGUGAAAAUAAUAUUCAACUGACAGAUUAUCAAAGAAAUCUCAUUUUAGGAACUGAUCAAUAA